AUGACCGCCAUCACCAUCGCCAUCGCCAUCGCCAUCAUCCCCAUGUGUGGCAAGGUGCUCAGUGUAUCCGCGGAGACACGUUACUCAGCCAUUACAAGUUUGCAAGUCACACUUGCUCUCUUUCCUCACUUUGAACACAGACUGCUGGGGCGCAUCUUGCUUUUUUGGCGAGCGAAGCCGGACCAGUACGUUCAGAGCGAUCUCUUCCUCUUCGCCCCGCCGGGGCCCAGGGGCAGCCGCGGGCGGAGUCACCGGCCGCCGCGCGACCGCGCUUGGGGGGGCGGUCGCUCCAAGGUGACGCGCGGCCGCCUCCGCCCCCUGGAGGCGGGGCUGGCGGGCGGGGGUCUAAGAAGUCGGACGGCGCGAGACGUGCCCCCGCCCCCGGCGCGUCCCGGCAGUUUCUGCGCCUGCGAGCGGCGGCCGUGGCGGGUCCCGGCAGGUGAGGGGCGCGCCGGCUCCUGGGCAGCCCCCGGGACGCGGCCUCGGACAGGUGAGGGCGGGGUCGGGCUCACCUGGCAGCGCGCGCUGCGGGGACGCGGGGGCCGCCGCCGGCUCUCUUCCGGGGCGGGCGCCUGCUCGCCACCGAGCAUAAUCUCCAGCAACUUCUUUCAAGACAUGUCUCCAAAAACAAAGGAAACGAAAGUGAAAAUGAAUUUUUGGGACUUAAUCAAGAUCAAAAGCUUCUGCACAGCAAAGGAAACAGCAAAACAAAGAGGCAACACAUGGAAUGGGAGAAGAUAUUUGCAAAUGACACUACAACGGGCUGAUACCCAAGAUCUACAAGGAACUCCUCAAACUCAACAUACACAAAACAGAUAAUCACGUCAAAAAAUGGGCAGAAGACAUGAACAGACUUCUCCAAAGAAGACAUACAAAUGGCUAACAGACACAUGAAAAAAUGUUCUUCAUCGCUAGCCAUCAGGGAGAUUCAAAGUAAAACCACACCGGGAUAUCUAUCACCUUACACCAGUUAGAAUGGCCAAAAUUAAUGAGACAGGAAACAAGUGUUGGAGAGGAUGUGGAGAAGGGGACCCUCUUAGACUGUUGGUGGGAAUGCAAGUUGGUGCAGCCGUUUUGGAAAACAGUGUGGAGAUUCCUUAAGAAAUUAAAAAUAGAACUUCCCUAUGACCCUGCCAUUGCACUACUGGGUAUUUACCCCAAAGAUACAGAUGUAGUGAAAAGAAGGGCCAUCUGUACCCCAGUGUUCAUAGUAGCAAUGGCCACAGUCACCAUACUGUGGGAAGAGCCAAGAUGCCCUUCAACAGAUGAAUGGAUAAAGAAGAUAUGGUCCAUAUAUGCAAUGAAUAUUAUGCCUCCAUCAGAAAGGAGGAAUACCCAAGUUUUAUAUCAACAUGGAUGGGGCUGGAGGAGAUUAUGCUGAGUGAAAUGACUCCUCCAUCACUUUUAAUUGAGGAAAGCAUGAAAAUAUUAUUUUUAUGUCAGGUGGCCUUAUGGGUAGGAAGAUGUGAUUUUCUUUGAGUAUAUGUUUUUAAAUUGGUUGCAAAUGUGGAGAAGUCAUCAAUAAAAUUGUCCAUAGCAUAUUAGAAUUA